CCAGGGCUGCCCUCACGUCCCGUCGCCUCCCGUACUCGUCCCGGCCGCCGCUGCGGUGCCCAUGGCUUAGCUGCGCAGCUGUGCGUCUGCCCCUGAGGGACGCGGCGAGGCCAGACCUGCUGCCAGGCAAUUAAAAGUCUGGAAGAUUUGAUUUCAGAACACACCACAGAUUUCAAAGGAAGUAAAUCUACAUGAAGAGCUACAAAGGGAGUUGAUUUGAGAAGAUACAGCACUUGCAAAAAUGUCUUCAAGUUGUGCUACUUCAGUGUUUGCUUUGAUGAUUUUGUGCUUUGCAGCUGCAGGUCCUGUGCCUAGGAACGAAUGUGUCUUGUCUCCUGUUAACAAUUCGCACCCAGUCCAUGCCUUGCUGGAGAGUUUCACGGUGUUGUCUGGCUGUGCAAGCCGAGGCACAACAGCCCUGCCACAAGAGGUGCACGUCCUCAAUCUCAGAAAUCCUGAGGAGGGGCUUGGCCAUCAUGAAAGAGAGGUCACGUUACAUUUGAAUCCAAUUUCAUCAGUGCAUAUUCACCAGAAGCCUUUGGUGUUUCUUCUCAACUCGCCUUUGCCUCUGGUCUGGAAGCUGAAAACAGAAAGAUUGGCACCUGAAAUCCGAAGAGUUUUCUUUGUGUCCUUAGGUUCCAUUGUUCAGUUUGAGAAGGGAAAUUUCUCCUUGUCAGCAGAAACAGAAGAAAAGCUUUUUCCUGAGAAAAAUGAACAACUGCUACAGUGGGCCCAGAAGGAAUAUGGAGCAGUAACAUCUUUCACUGAGCUCAAAAUAUCAAGAAACAUCUAUAUUAAAGUAGGAGAAGAUCAAGUUUUUCCUCCCUCGUGCAACAUAGAGAAGAAUUUUCUCUCGUUAAAUUACCUUGCAGGAUACCUACAACCAAAAACAGCAGAGGGAUGCCUUAUGUCUCACUUAGUCCAAGAAAGAGAAGUUCACAUCAUUGAACUAAUCACUCCAAAUUCCAAUCCAUACAGUGCCUUCCAGGUGGAUAUAAUCGUUGACAUUAAACCAUCUCAACCAGGUGCCAAACUUGUCAGAGAUGUCAUACUUAUCCUCAAGUGUAGAAAGUCUGUCAAUUGGGUUAUCAAGUCGCAUGAUGUCCAAGGAAAGCUGGAAGUGAUUACAUCAAAUAGCAUUGGUUUUGGAAAGGAAACGGAACGAUCCAUGAGCAUGAGUAAAUCAGUAAUACCUGAUCUUCCCUCAUCGCAUGAGAGUUUGAUCAAGUGGGCUUAUAAGCAUAACUACAGUCCAGUUAUUUCCUACACAAAAGCCCCUGUUGCUAACAGAUUUCAUCUGCAACUUGAAGAUACAGAGAUGAAUGAUGAAGAAGAUCAUUCCCUUCCUCCAGAGCUGACAGAAUUGCUGGGUGCUAACCCACUGCCUGCCCCAAAGAAUCCUGCAUUAAGUGAUGGCCUGACUUUUCCUUUUCACAUUAACAGAGGAAGACAUGACACAGUGGGAGAAGGAAUCUUCCCAUCCAGGGAAUCAGUGGAUAAAUUAAUAAAUCAUGAUUUUGAGCAUUCCCUCUCAAAACAUAAAGAACCUGAAGAGGUUCAGGGCAGUGCUGAUAUGGCCCUGUCAGUAAAGUGUGAUGACAAAAUCAUGACAGUAGCUGUAGAAAAAGACUCUCUGCAGGCUAGUGGCUACACAAGGACAGAACUCUCGCUGUUGGAUCACUCUUGCAAAGCCAGGAUGAAUGGUACCCAUUUCAUUUUGGAGUCUUUGCUGAACAAAUGUGGGACCCGGACAGCAUAUAUCUUGAACAAGAUUGUUUAUUUUAACUCUAUAGUUAUUCAGCUGUCAUCACCAGCUGAGAGCAGUGGCUUUGAUGAUGAUGACCUGGAAUCAGGUGAUAAUGGAUUUCCAGGGGAUGCUGAUGAAGGAGAUGUUGCUUUCUCAAGCUGGCCUGAAAUAGCGUUUAAUUGCACACUGCACCAGCCGGAGGAUGACAGAGGCAUGUUUUGGCCUCCUGAACCACACAUCGCCAAUGUGACCUUCAACAUGGAGCUGUACAAAACAGAUCUGUUCCUUGCUCCCUCUCAAGGACUCUUCUCUGUGGCUGAGAAUGGGCCAGUAUACGUAGAGGUGUCUGUGACUAAAGCUGACAGAUCCUUGGGCUUUGCCAUUCAAACAUGCUUCAUUUCUGCAUUCUCAAAUCCCGAUAGAAUGUCUGACUACACCAUUAUAGAAAACAUUUGUCCUAAAGAUGAAUCUGUUAAAUUCUACAGCACUGAGAAGGUGAACUUUCUGAUACCAUAUGCACAAAAGGACAAAAAGAGGUUUAGCUUUGUGUUUAAGCCAAUAUUCAACAUCUCACUGCUCUUUCUUCACUGUGAGUUGACUUUGUGUACCAACAAAGAUAAAGAUACUCAAGGACUGCCAAAGUGCAUUCCUCCUGAUGAAGCUUGCACUUCUCUCAAUGUGGAUAUGAUUUUGGCUAUGAUGCACAACAAGAAAACCUUCACCAAGCCCCUUGUUGUAGUAUCACAUGAAGGAAAACCAGAAGAUUCUUCCCUUCCAAAGCCAAAUGUGAGACAGCCGCCUGUGUUCUACGGGCUGGACACACUGACUGUGGUGGGCAUUGCCUUUGCGGCAUUUGUAAUUGGCGCCCUGCUAACAGGAGCACUCUGGUUCAUCUACUCUCGCACAGGAGAAACCACGGGAAGGCAGCAGGUGCCUACAUCCCCUCCAGCCUCGGAGAACAGCAGUGCAGCACACAGCAUCGGCAGCACGCAGAGCACUCCCUGCUCCAGCAGCAGUGCCACCUAAUGCUGCGGAGGCCCAUAGGAGGGCAUAGGUUCAAAGGACUGUGUGAGGACAUCAGCUUUUUAAAGUUGAAAGGAUUGCUUUUGGGAAAGAAAAGGAAAAAAGAGGAGGGAUUUUUCUACAAAAAACAAGAAAAAGACUUAUUUUCUUUUGGGGAAGCCACUGUGUGUGUGAGUGUGUGUCUAUACAUGCACACAAUGCAUGGGUAAACACAGCCUGUUGGAUCUUCUAUAGGAUGUUGUGCAACAUGUGACAAAGCUACUAAUUUUACAGUACUGCAACCUGUUCUAGGGGUCUGUGGGCCCUCAAUGUGAAAUCUAUGCCAGUUUGGGAAAAUGCUGCUUUGUCUGUAUGACUUUUUCUUUCCCUAAGCCUUCUCAUUGACAUGAGGUAUUAAUUACAGGAGUUCAGUCAUAGUCAUAGAAUGGUUUGAGUUGGAAGGGACCUUAAAUGUCAUCUAGUUCCAACCCCCUGCCACGGGCAGU